CUCCGAUACCCCCCACCCCGUGAUUUCGAAAUCCUGCCCGCCCAACCCACCGAUCUCUCCGCUCUCGCCCGCGUCGAAGCCAUCGCCUUCGAGAACCCCAACAGCGGUCCGAAACUCGUUCGGAUUUUGUUCGGGACCGACGGCGAAGAAGCCUUCCAACAACGGUCCCGGGACUUUGUGGACAUGCACAAAAGUCCCAUCAACAAGUUCUACAAGGUCGUGACCAAGGCCGAGGACGGCACCGACAAGGUAAUCGGCAUGGCCGUCUGGAGAUUCACCCCCAGCCUGCUCGCCGACAUGGUUGAUGAGUGCGAAUCGCGGUACAUGAGUGGGAAGGUGCAUGCCUGUUUGAAGGGAAUCGCCACCUUGCCCGAAUACCGUGGCCGCGGUGUUGCAUCGGCGUUGCUCCUGCGGGGCAUCCUGGAUGCCAGAGCCAGGGGCUUCAAGACCUUCUGGCUGGAGAGCACCCCAGACGCCGUCAGUCUCUACCGGCGGUUCGGAUUCUGUGAUGUCGAAGUCCUGAAGAUGGACGUUACAGUGGACGGUAAGGAGCAAACCAUCGAGUUCAUCGCCAUGAAGCGAACAAACUGA